AUGGGAGGUCAGGCGACUGGCGCGCAGCCGCUGGCAGCGGCGGCGGCGGAGGGGGGCCAACAGACGCGGGUGUUCGACCUCCCGGAGGCAUGCGUGGCGCACGUGCUGGCGCUCACCUCCCCGCGGGACGCGUGCCGCGCCGCCGCCGUGUCGCCAUGCUUCCGCGACGCCGCCGGGUCCGACACCGUCUGGUCACGCUUCCUCCCGCCGGACUACCCCGCCAUCCUCCAGCUGCACCAGGCGCCCGCGUCGCGCCUCCUCCUCUCGCGCAACGGCGCCAAGGCGUCCUCGGUGCCGGUGGCGUCGUCGCCGCCGGCGACGAAGAAGGAGGCCUACCUCGGGCUCACGGACGUGGCCGUGCUGGUGGACGACGGCGGCAUGGCGGUGUGGCUGGCCAGGGGCAGCGGCGCCAAGUGCGUGGCGCUGUCGGCGAGGAGGCUCAGCCUGCCGUGGGAGGACGGCGAGUUCAGCUGGAGGUGGAUGCCACACCAUCUCUCCAGGUUCGCAGACGUGGUCCAGCUGGUGUCCUGCACGUGCCUGGACAUCUACGGCCGACUCCCCACCGCCGCGCUGACGCCGGCCACCGCAUACGCCGCGUACCUCGUCUUCGACACCGCAGAUGACCACCGCGGCCUUAGCUUCCCAGACCAGGAGACCACGGUGAGCGUCGGCGGCCGCACGGUGUCGCGCCACGCCGUGUGCCUCCGCCCCGAUGAUGAUGAGGCGCGCAAGUUCAUCGGUGCCGACAGUGCAAACAACGGCGGCGUGCGGGGGCCGACGCUGCGGCGCGACGGAUGGUGGGAGGUGGAGAUAGGGAGGCUGCGCACCAACGACGAGGCCGUGGACGGGGAGGAGGUGGCGGUGAGCUUCGAGGUGCUCGGGUGGCAACCCAAACGCGGGCUCAUCGUGGAAGGUGUCGAGUUCAGGCCCCUAUGAUCCAUUCCGGCUAGAGAACCUGGCCAACUUAGGGUGUGUUCGGUUCACGUCACGAAGUAGAAUGUAAUGUUACGGUUCUGCACCUAGCACCAAUCCUCGUGUUCGGUUUGGAAUUAGAAUGGGAUGGACUGGUUCCUGGAAACCGAAUAUUCGCUCAGGAUGCGAAAUUAGGCCGUUCCACCGAUUCUGUGGAAUCUACUCGUUCCCUCACAACGUCCUCUGGCUAACCCUUGAAAUAAAGAAAAAAGGCACCGCUCACCAGACCGGCCCGAGCCCUAUCCCCUCC